AUGGCGUCUCACACUAAAAAGGACGAUUACUGCCUCGAGUGUCAUUGGGAGUCCUUUCAUAUAGACGGGAAAGAAUCGGAGAACCAGUCUAACGCCCCCGCAACAUCUCAGUGGGAUUGUUCAGGCGAGGGACAUGACGCCUCGCUCGAUCACUGCCAUGUCGACGACGCCUGCUGCGACAUGGACGACUGCUCCAUCACUUGCCCUUCGGUUUGCGACGGGCUUGUGGACUGCGAAGAAACCGCAUGCACUGACACCCACUGCAAUGAUGGCUGUGACGAUACGCAUUGCGAGAACGCCGAGACCCUUUGCUUUGAUGAACACUGCUUUGGUAACAAUGUGGGACAAUCGCAAGGAGAUCAACUACCCAAACCAACCGGUAAUAUCACUUCGGACAUGGUGGCCCCUCAACCCUCUAUGGACUCCCUCUUCCCUCAGCAUUCGAUCCCAGUUGCCCAUUGCCACUCGCACAGUUUCCCUCAUUUUCAUUUCCAUGACUCUUCUAAAGACGCUCACGGCAACAUGAUGCACCAACCGUUCCCGGCUCAGAAUGGCGUUAAUCCGGCAGAUGUAUUCCACAUGCUGGGAAUGUGUCCUGACCUUUCUGCCUGUCAAAACUUUCAUGUACACGAAAACACGAACUGCGACCAUGUCGACAAACCGAAUACUGACGCUGGUUCUAAUUCAUUCGCCUGUUUCCAUAUCCCGCCUAAUGUUAAUCUUAACGACCUCAUGAAAAGCCCGGUACAUAUCCACAGCAACCCCUCGAGGGGCCCUUGUCGCACACACCACCGGUGUCGCACGCAUGCACAUGCUCAUGUGCACCCGUACGGACAUUAUUCGCCAUACUCCCGCCAGUCCCGGUCCAGCGUGAGCUCGCAAUUGAUAUCCAGCCCGGGCGAUACCCCUCCGCCUCUGGAGGGCGGGACACCGUCAGUGCUGACAAGCCCGGUUACUCCGACCGAGAGCGAAGUGCAUAUUUGCAAGUGGACCACCACGUCAGGCGGCGCCAAGACCUUUUGCGGUGCACAGUUCUCUGAUCCCUGUACUCUUCAAGAGCAUCUGAUCGCGCAACACAUGUCAACCAUCAAUGGUGCCAAGGGUACCGGAUAUUACUGCUGCUGGGAGGGCUGCCACCGUCCGGAUGAGCCAUUCUCGCAGAAGUCAAAAUUGCAAGGCCAUUUCCUGACCCAUAGCAAUUGGAAGACAAGAACUUCAGAUGCUCGGUCUGUGGCAAAUUUUUCGCUCGACAGGCAACCUUGGAACGCCAUGAACGAAGUCACCGGGGAGAGAAGCCCUACAAGUGCUCUGAAUGCGGGAAGGCUUUUACAGACAGUAGUGAACUGA